AUGGACAAAUAUGAAAAAAUCAAAAAGAUUGGUGAAGGAUCCUAUGGUCAAGUUUUUAAAUGUCGCAAUAAAGAAACAGGUGAAACAGUGGCAAUAAAAAAAUUUAUCGAAUCUGAUGAUGAUCCGGCUAUAAAACGUAUUGCUAUGCGGGAAAUUCGCAUGUUAAAACAUUUAAAACAUGAAAACCUGGUGAAUCUCAUUGAAGUAUUUAAAACAAAACGAAAACAUAAACUUCAUUUGGUAUUUGAAUAUUGUGAUCGAACUGUUCUUGAUGAACUUGAAUCACAUCGAAAUGGUGUACCAGAAACGAUGAUCAAAAAAAUAACAUAUCAAGUACUAAAUGCUGUUGAGUUUUGUCAUCGACAUAAUUGUAUUCAUCGUGCACAACAACUUGAAAUGACGGAUUAUGUUGCAACAAGAUGGUAUCGCGCACCAGAAUUACUCGUUGGUGAUCGACAAUAUGGUACUGCUGUUGAUGUAUGGGCUAUUGGUUGCGUAUUUUGUGAGCUUUACUCGGGUGUACCAUUGUGGCCUGGUAAAUCUGAUGUUGAUCAACUCUAUUUAAUUCGAAAAACUCUAGGCAAUCUUAUUGAUAAGCACAUCACUAUAUUAAAAAGCAAUCCUCAUUAUAAAAAUGUGCAUAUACCUGAACCCGAUAUAAUCGAACCAUUAGAACAAAAGUUUCCAUAUGUUUCUGAAAGAAGUCUUGACUUUAUGAAAAGUUGUUUAGUUAUGGAUCCAGAAAAACGUUUUACAUGUAGUCAACUUUUACAACAUCCAUAUUUUGAUGGAUUUACAAAUGACUUUGAACGUGAAAAAAAAGAACAAAUUAAACAUUUACAUCGUGAACAACAAAAAUUAAUACAACAACAACAACAGCAACAAGUUAAACUACAAAAUAAUGUUUAUGCAACAGGUGGAGGACAAACUAAACAACAAACUCAAGGAGGAAAAACUCUUCCAAGUUUGACGGGCAUAACAGGCACACAAUUUACAAGUAUUCAUCCAACAUCAAAUAAUCCAGGCGAAUAUAUAAGACCAAGUCGUCUUGAAAUCUAUCUUGAUCCAGAUCAACGUGUCAAUGUACCAAAAACACGUUUUAGUAAUACACAACAUCAAAAUAUGUCAACAAAUGAUCUAGAUAUAUCUGUAAAACCUUCACCACAAACAAAACGUUUGGCACAUGGAGAUAAUUAUACGCAUUUUCCAAAUAUUUAA